AUGGAAAAACACAGGAGAAACAAAGUUGGUGUCGUUUCUGCUGAUAGUCAAGGAGGUGUGCAGUUGGCAAUGGCUGAAGCAGACACAACAAGAAAGGUGAAAAUUAAAGUUAUGAUGCAUAUUAGCUAAUAAUUGAGAAGCUCCACAGUAGACAACGAAAAAGUGUUAAUCUAAUUGACACAGUGGUAGAGCGGCUUUGCAUCUAAUUUGCUGCGGAGUUAGCUGCUCAGAGAAUGAGAGAGUGCAUUUGUAGCCUAAACAUUUUGUCUUACCCAGUGAAAAAUUACAUCAGUCCCAUUCCUAGACUUAAAGUUCUACUGAUUUGUCCAUCUCUGCUGAAUUAUCAUCCACCUCUUCAUUGAGAAUAGAUGAUAAUAUCUGCAACUUUUCCUUGAGAAAUGUCACUGCAUCUGAUAAAAUUUGACACAAAAUUAUAGUUUAGAAUAUUUAUAUUCCUUGUAGGUUUAAUCAGGUGUAUCAGUUUCUUGUUAUCACAUGUGUGGGGUUAAUAUAAAUCAAUAAAUCAACCUCACUUAUCCUUCUCUUCCUGAACAUGAUAUACGUAUUCACAUCGAGGGUGAAGAUAAUGGUUGAUGUAGUCUUUAAAGAGGUCUGAAAGUGUCUGUAAAAGACGGUCAGUUUUGUUGGAUUAAUUAUUUCUUUUCAUGUGCAACUCUUUUUACAUUGCUGCCAACUUAGCAGUAUGCAGGAUGCUUGUCACAUGUGAAUCUAGUAGUGGUCAUACACACCAUCCUUCAAGCUCAAUGGUAGAGCAUUUAAUUACAGAAUCAGAAGAUCUUUGAGUUGAAUUGUUAUGAAGGACUGAGUUGUUUUUCAAUCUCCUACACUCAUGUGUAAUAUUGAUCAUCCUUAUUUACAUGUUAAUGAAGCCUUUGAAAAUUCUUUUCCAAACUGAAGUAUGACACUUGUAAUCACAAAAACUAAAUGUUAUCAGUUUUGCAGUGCUCUGAGCAUGAUAGAGUAUAGUACUCAAGAGAGCUAAUUUUAUUGUUUUGCUUUCAUGUGUGUUACAACUUCAUAAAGCUUAAAGUGAGGAAAAAAACAGAAAGUUUUGUUCUUGCACAUUAAACAUUCCAUCCCAAAAACCUGUCAAAGAGUGGAAUAUUUUGAUCAGUAACUUUCUGGAAUUUUGCCUUUGCUCAUCUUCACAACAAACUUGUGCCUUGUAAGGUAACAAGAAUUGUUUCCUCGAGGCAAAAAAAAAGGGGCCUUAAAUGACUGAGCCAGAAUGUGUGUCAGAGUUGUUCAAACCAUGACCUUGUAUGUGAAAAAAACUUGAAAAGGGAGAGCACAUUUGCUUUUAAUUAAGUGUCAGGUUUGGUAGCCUGUUUACAUAAUAAGAACCAUGGUGGAGUUAAAGGUUAAUGUAAAAUUAAUUUAAGCACAAGAUGUUCAUAGAAGUGUUUUCUCUUUGAAUAAAUUUCACUUUACCUUGUUAGUCCAUCACAGGGUAGAUGCAAAGAAGUGGUUGCUAAAACCGAUUUUUAAUGUAAAAUUCCUUUGAUAAUCAUUUGUAUAUUAUUGGAAUAGUUGAAAUGAGAUUGACAUGAAGCUGUUUGUGUACUGACAAUGCUUCAAUAUAUCAUCAGAAUUUACACAGUUUUCCUCCUCAGUAACUUGUCCUUCAAUAAUCAUGCUUUUAAUAAGUAGAGUAUUUAUUAAUUGGGAGAACUAUAUCAGAGCUCAGCCAUGGGUAUUAUCAAUCAUGGCAAAGUUUCAAUAACAGUCACCCACUUCUAAGUGAGAUUGAAAAGCAUUAAUCCUUAUGUAGUGUACAAGUUAAUUUUUGUAGAAAGAUGAUAAUUCUAUAAAGCUGUUUUUUUAUCUUCUAAAUCUAAUUUACUAGAUUGCCUUAAUCCAUACUGAAUUGCAGUGGUAAUUAUGAGAUGUUAUACCAAUAUGGGCAUGACAACAGGAUUGGUCUCUGGCAGAGCAUGUUUUGCAUUGUCAGCAAUUCCAUUCAUGCCAUUGUUUAGGGGUGCCCAUGAUCCUUGUGUGGAACAGCUCACUAGGGCAUUGAAGUAGUCAUGGUUAGAGAUUUAGCCUUGGGUUGUAGCCUCCCCUAGAUUCAAUAGAAAUUUAUAUCUCCUAGUCAAGGAAUGACUGGAAUAAGUUUGGAAGUAUACACUCAAUUGCAAAACAGUUGACACCUAAAAAACAUGAUCCAGGAAUGAUGAGAUCCAAUGGCUUUAUGGAAAAUGUUCAUGCAGAUAUAUAAUCAGUGAUUCACUUUUCUCACUAAUCAUGAAAAACCUUUUUUAUGGUAAUCCUUUUCUCUCAGGAAAGCAUGGAUAGCUUUUAUCAGUCACCACCUGCUAAUGGUGUGUUACAUGUAAAUGAGUACCCAGAGAGCAUUUGGGUUUCAUUUAACCCUUUAACUCCAAACAUCUCUUUAGUAAUUCUCCUUACUGUCUCCCAAAUGAUUCUCACUAUGUUAGUUUAGAGAAUUUGGUUAUCGGAUCAAUUGGUUAUCCCAUAAUUGAUAUUUUUCUUUAUUCUUAUCACUUGUCUGCAUGAUAUUGUAUAGAUAUGGUAAGGAGAAAUUCUGUCUCAGUCACUCAUGAGAGUAAAAGGGUAAAGUGUCCAAAUUUUUUGCAAUCAAGAGUAUAUUCUUUUAGUAAUUACUUCACUUCCCAGUGUGUAGUAGUAUUGUUCAGUUUUUUUGCUUUUUCUAGGAAGCAUUCACCAAAAGUGCCUCGCAGCAAAAUCUGCUGCCUGUGGAUGAAGAGGAUUCUGCCCAUGACAAAGCGGUUGACAUGAAAAGAAGGCGAAGGCUCAUCUUUAUCCUUCUUAUAGCUACCAUAACUACAGUCCUUCUAGUGCUGGCUGCAACUAUUCCUUUCUUACUUGGUGAGUCAUCUCUAACAUUGAUCUAUUUUUCAUUUUCCCUGGUGACUUGACUUCUUGUGAGUUGCGAGGCAGAAUCCCCAAUCCCAAAAACAUAUUGGAGAUCCUGGAUAACUAUCAGAAUUAGAAAACUGUGAAUUUUUUUAUUCUUACUGUUCCCUUUUUUGUUAUGAUUCCAGCAUCUAAGAGUUCAGACAGUGAGCAAUCAGGUGAUAGUAGUACAGGCAAAGCCACUGGAAAUGAAUUGAAGUGUGAACCAUUUUCACACACUUUGGAAGAUGGUCAUGUGGUUUGUAAUGGAGAAACAAUUGGCUCAAAAUGCUGGACUGUCUGUAUUGAGGGAUUUGAAAAGGAAAAUGAGUUGAUUGGCAGUUUUGAAUGCCAGGAAAGUGCAGAAUGGAGUGGUGAGAGAACAAGAUGUGUUCAAAAAGACUGUGGAUCUCGUAAUCAGGUUGUUGAUUAAAUUUUCAAAUGUUUAACUUUAACUGAUUUAAUUUUCUGUGCCCUCUGUGAGGUAUAAGGUCUAUUAGGUUCUUACCAUAACCUUCUACUGUUUGGGCAUACAAGAGCAAAACAUUCUGACUGCAUAAUGACUGAGCAUCUGAAUCCAAUUUUCCCUAAACCACUAACUUUCUAAGCAACGUUAAAUUACUCCUUUAUAUGUUGUGUGCAAGGAAGCAGUCAAGUCGAACUUGUGAAUUUUUGUUGUGAUUGAUCAUUCAUUUUUGGUAGGUGCCAUAUUAUGCAUCACAGAAUUGUACUGGUACAAAAUACAGGGAUAUUUGUACAGUUCAUUGCCUUGAAGGAUAUAAAAAGGAAAACUUAUCAAGGGGAAUUUACUCUUGCGAAGGAAAUGGAGAAUGGAGUGGAGAAGAUACUAAUUGUCUUCCCAAAGAUUGUGGUGUACCUCUCCAUCAGGUAUAUGAGCUAAAAUAUUUACAGUUUAACCCUUUACACCCUAACAUCAAUAUGCAUAUUCUCCAUACUUUCUCUAUACAUUUCUCAAGGUUCUGAAAAAGAGAAUUUGUUUAACAAUCAAGAGCUUCUUGAGGUGUUGAUCUUGUAAGGAAAUGUUAGAUGCCAGAUAUUCUUAGGGAUAAAGAGUUAAAAGGAAUAGAAUUUGAGACCAAUAAUUGUAAUCUUGUUAUCAAUGUUCACUUGAUUAUCCAGUGAUGCUUUCCCUGGUUGAUUAAAUUGUAAAACUGUGGUGAUAACUUCAUCAUAAAUUUUGGUAAUCCACUCUCUUGUAAUGGAAUCUGAAAUUCAAAGUCUGAGUUGCUAUAUGUUACAGAAGACAGAGUUUCUGUAAAAUUAAUGACCUUACAACUUCACAGGGCUCCUGUUAAACCAGUGUAGUUAAGGAUGAUCUUGUGAACUGAACUCUUCCUUUGUCCUUAUUAUGAGGAACCUUUUGUGGAGCUACUAAAUUGCACUGGCACAAAAUACAAGGAUACUUGUGAUGUGAGCUGUGAUAAGGAAUUCAACCAAACUAUUUCUUAUGUGCAGUGUGGCUCAGAUGGCUAUUGGACAAGUCUUAUUGGAGGUAAGGUAGUCACUGUUUCAAUCUGGAAGAAAAACUUGCCGGGAAAUAUUUUCCUAAAGUGUUUAGUUAGUACUUGAGAAUUUUGAAUUUGAAAUCAAAAUAAAACCAAAUCAUCUUUAUGAAAUUACCAUAAAGUAAAGUGAAAUAAUAUGUCUGUUAAUUAGCCCAAUGAUUGUUGGUAUUUUAUGGUCAGGUAAAAAGGUCUUGUGCUUACUUUCUGUUAUAACUGAAACAAGCAAGGCACAUCUCAAUUAGAGUCAAACAGAUGAUUAAUGUUCACAGAUUCUUUGAAAAUUAGAUCUGUUUUCAGUCAUUAUAAUUGCAGAAAUCAAAUCUGUAGAAUACAAGAGGUCUCUAUCCUCUCUAAAGCCACGAUAGAGAAGCUAUUUUAUACACAAAAAAAAAAAUUUAGACAUCGAUGAGCUAAUUCCUUCCUCCUAUGUAAAAGAGAGGCACUAACAAUUGAUAUUUUCGUGAAUAUUUGAGAGAACAGUCAUUAUUUCAUUGGGUGCAGUCGCCAUGUGGUGCAGGCAAGGGCAUAAACCUGGAUUUUUUCUUGGAGAUCACAACCACACUUAUUUUUUUACCCACUCAGAAUUGAUUGUGUAUUUAUCAAUGUCAUCAGCUUGUAUCAUCAGUGAUAUUUGUACCAUAUGCAACAAAGUAAAUGGCUCCUGUGUCCAACAACCAAACAACCUGCAGUCCCAAUGUCUUUGUAACCUGGGUUUUGCUGGUAACGGUAAAUAUUGUGAGCAAGAUUCUGACUUGGAUGGUUUUCCUGAUGUCCAGUUACCUUGCCAAUCACUGGAUUGCAAGAUCGACAAUUGUCCAUUCAUUCCCAACAGUGGACAAGAGAACAAUGAUGCGGAUGAUCUUGGUGAUGUUUGUGACAUUGAUGAUGACAAUGACAACAUCACAGAUACCAUGGAUAACUGUCAGUUUAAGGCCAAUUCAAAUCAAGAAGACAAAGAUGGCGAUGGCUUGGGGGAUUUAUGUGACAAUUGUAUUGAUGUUCCCAAUCUAGACCAGAAAGACAGUGAUGGUGAUGGAACAGGUGAUGCUUGUGAGAGCCGUGAUUUGGACAACAAUGGCAUAAAAAAUGGGGACAACUGCCCUCUUGUGCCAAAUCCAAAGCAGGAAGACACUGAUGGUGAUACUGUGGGGGACACAUGUGAUAACUGCAUCAAUGUGUAUAAUAUUGAUCAGAAUGACACUGACCAGGAUCUUAUUGGGGAUGCAUGUGAGGACAUGUCAGAUGCAGAUCAAGAUGGCAUAAGUGAUGGUAUUGACAACUGUAAAGAUGUUCCCAAUGGGGAUCAGGUCAGAUAUGAAACUCCUGGUUCAUUUUUCAUUUGGUUAAAUUGUCAUCUCUGGGAAAUCUAACUGUCUAGUAGUUUAACUUUCAGUCACUUAAGUCUCAAAGCAAGAUUAUUGUUAGAUGGCUGAGCUUAGUAGGUUAGAGAGAUAACUGAGUUGUCAUUUCAGUAGCCUUUUCCAGGAAUAAGCAAAGUGAGAGAAAAUGGGCGAGACUUCUCCUGAAAAUCCUGCUGACUUUUUUUCACUCACACAUUUGUUUGUCUCCUCUAACUACAGAAGCCUGACAAAGUCUAUGAUUUUGGCCAAUUGCCCAGCCAGAAAGUUGGUCAGUCAGUUUAAGUCAGUCAGUCAGGUUGGUUGUGGAUCAGUCUCUCAUUUAUUCAUUCAGUCAGUUAGUUAAGGAAGUCAGUUACCCACUCUUCUUUAGUUACAUUGGUAGACUAAUCUUCUGUUCUAUCUGUAGCUUGAUAGUGACAAUGAUGAACUUGGAGACGACUGUGAUAAGGAUAAAGAUGGAGAUGGUGUUUUGAAUAUUGAUGACAACUGCCCUAUUAUGCCUAAUGAGAAUCAGGUAUGCCUGUCCAUGACUUUUCUGCCCUAAAAUCUGCAGCUAUUUUACUCUAAGGAGUUACUUAGAAGUGACCUCAAUACACUACAGCCAGACAGGUGAUGAGUAUGAAGGAAACUCACUGAGGAACACCACUUGAUUUAGCACCAAAUCUCAUUACUGAUGUUACAAUCAAUGGAUUGAAGACUGCCUAGAGAAUUAUUGUAAAGAUCUCAAGAGUGAAAUCUCUGUGAAAUCUGGAAGAAAUCAUUGGAAAGUGGUGUAAUUAUCUUACAGGCUGACAGUGAUGGUGACAAUAUUGGUGAUGCAUGUGUAGUUGAUACAGAUGGUGACUCUAUUCCUGAUAGUCAGGUAUGUCCAAUUAAGUACAUUCUUCAUUUUGUAAAGCAAAAGUUUCAUGGGUGGUCAUUAUCCCUAAUAUUGCAAGAGGGAUCAGCUUGUCACUUUAUUUAUGGUUACCGUAACAUUUACAUUUAACCCAUGAAUAGUAUAUCAUUUCCAUGGAAAACUCUCCAAAACCACACAAUUAUACUGUAAGAUACUUAAAUUUAUUGAAUUAUGGUUAUUUUUUGAUUAUUGGUUUUAUUUUUUUUAUUAUUUUUUCGGCUAUUUUACAGGAUGAUUAUCCAGUCAACAAGUUUUUAAACAAAACAGACUUCAGUGUGUAUCAGGAAGUGAUUUUAGAUGGUGUGGGAAAUGUUCAGAAGCCUCCUAAGUGGAUGGUUUAUGACAAUGGAAGAGAAAUUGUCCAAACUGUUAAUGGGUAAAUAAUAUAUUUUUUCCCUGCCUAUUACUCAAAAUUAAAGGUGAUAAUUAUAUAUAAGUCAAACAUUUAGCCUACAAUCUUCAGAAACAGUUUUGGAGCAGUGGUUGAAAAUGAAAACAUUUUAAAAUCAUGAAGCCUAGAGUACCCUGUUCCCCAUUUAAAAUGUUGAUAACAGUUUUUUUUAAACUUUGCUAGGGGGAUCAGGCAAGGGGGGUGUAGAGCCUCUAUGAGAAUAUUUUUGAAAAUAGAUAAAGGGCAAUUACUUGAUACUAGGGUUUACGCAAAAUAGCCUGAAAGUUUGAAUUAUGAAUCUAUAAAAUCAUCUGCUUUUUUGCUUCUUUAUGAACAACUUGGAAAGUUAGAAAAUGUGGGAGUAUAACCCUUUAACUCCCAAGAUCUCAUUGGUAAUUCUCCUUACUGUCUCCCAUACAGUUCUUGUGAUGAUAGUUUAGCGAAUUUGGUAUUGGAUCAACUUAAUCCCCUAACUGAUAUUUUUUUUUAUUCUCAUCACUUGUCUGCUUGAUAUUGUAUUGAUAAUGAAUGGAGAAAUUCUGUCUUGGUCACUCAUGGGAUUUAAAGGGUUAACCUAGCUUUCUUUCCUAAUAUUUUUGCUUACUGAUUUUGUGUUCUUGAGUAGAGAUUUGCAAGGUUUUGUCCCCUGCAAAAUCAAGCAGUAGAUCUUUUAUUUUGUUUAUGCAAAAAAUUGUCAAUCUAGAGCAUGAAACUCCCAAAGAAUUUUAUAUUUCAUGGUAGGGUGCAAUGACUGUAAUAAAAUGAACCUAAUGUUUCUGUGUCAUGUGUGUUUUUUUAGGAAUCCUGGCCUUUUAAUAAGUUUCACAAAAUUUGGACAUGUAGAUUACCGUGGAACUUUUUUUAUAUCUGACACGAAAGAUGAUGACAUUGCUGGUAUAGUGUUUGGCUAUCAGAGUAAUAGGUGAGGCACAUUGACAAGGAAAAACUUUGACAUUUCCAAAUUUGUCCUUUAUUACCUAUUUUAAAUAUAUUACCAGUUAAAUAUUAGUUCAAGGACUGCUGUUGUGGGGUACUUUAUAAGUAGUCUCUUCAUCGCCUUUUUGAUAACAUUUGAAGUGUCCCAAUAUUUGACAUUCAGUUUAUUUUAUACAAUAAAAUUGAGAGUCUGUUGACCUACAAUUUUUCUUUCUCUCUUAGGCAUUUUUAUGUAUGCUCUUGGAAGAAAGUGACCCAGUCCUACAAUUUAAAAGAAAAUUUGACUUAUCCAAGAUCUGUUGCAAGACAAGGCAUAAAUCUUAUGGUAUAUGGUCUGAGAUGCUAUCAGAUGAAUGUGCAGUAAAACCAAUUUUCAUGAACAUUGUUUUAGUCCUUACAGGUUGCAAUAAUCUUGAGGCACUUGGCAUUUUUUUUUUUUCCAACCAUUUAUGUGAGAUAAUUUUGUUUGUCUACAGGUGGUUGACUCAAGUACAGGACCUGGCGAGAAUCUUCGUGAUGCUUUGUGGGAGACUGGGAACACCAUGAAUCAAACUCAUCUUCUGUGGUAUGACAAUGGUCCCAAGUGGGCUGCAGGAGUGGCAUAUCGUUGGAGAAUACUGCAUGACCCAGACUCUGGAAGGAUCCGUGUGCGUUGGUACAGGGUAAGUUUUGAAAAAUUUUGCAAUGAAUUGUACAUUCUACACUGAUUGUCAGUUCUCAAUGCAUCGGUCUGAAGUUGUCUGACAGCUGGACAGUACCCAUUCUUACCAUCAGAUACAGAACUGUCAUCACCCAUAACCAACAUGUUUUUCAUUUCUGUUUUGCUGUGAUAGGGAGGAAAGCUGUUAGCAGACUCAGGGAACAUAAUAAACAAACGUUAUAAUGGUGGCCGCCUGGGGAUGUAUGUCUUUUCACAGGAAGGAGUACACUAUUCAAAGUUAUAUGCCAGAUCACCUAAAGUGAGAUUCAUUUUAUUGAUCACAUUGAUGUCAUUUUGUUUGAGCAAUGUUAAACCAAACCAAAGCAGUCAUAAAGGAAAACUCAGAUAAAAAAGAAGAUAUGAAUUAGAGCUAAUGAAAAAACUAGGGAACUGAGUCAAACACGAGAAAAUGAAAGUGGCCAAGAUGCAGCAGGGUUUAGUUUUGUAGCUGAUUGUUUUGAAGGGUGGUGCAAGUCUCUCUGACAAAGAACUAUGAUCUCUCCCCCUUUUUUUGUCAACAGAUUAGUGACUUUUCCAUAAGCUUCAAUGGCAGUGGUGGUAAUGUAGACUUAGGAGGGAUCAGUGAUCUACUAGGAGGCUCUGGAAGCAUCACUGUGGCUGCUUGGAUAUGGAUACUGGGUCCAAAGUGAGUACCCCAAAAGAUUUCUUUUAACAAUACCUUGUAAAAAGUGAUUUCCUUGAGAAAGAUAUUUUGUGUUGAGACUACUUUUAAACUUGUUAAUAUAAAGGAACUUGAGAAUCCUCUGGUAUCACAAUGUGGUUUGUUAAAUUGAACUUGGAGCUCAAGGUCAUUUUCAAAAGAAAACUUUGAAUAAGUUAUCUUCUGGUGGAUUGCUGGUGGCAUAAAUACCUGGAAAGAUUUUUUUCAGUUUGCAUUAUUAUUUUUAUUUGACUAUGGUCAAAAGUUGAGCAUUAAACUAUUAGAGUCUUUCAUCUCUUUCAGUGGAAAGGUGAUUUGUGAUCUGCCUCCAAUCAACUUUGGUUCCAUGCACCUGAUUUGGGGUUUUCACACAGUCAUCAGAUGAUGAGAGGGAUUGGACACUAAAAAAAGGGAAAACUCCAACUUCAAACACUGGUCCAUCUGCUGACCACACCACAGGCUCAGGGUAUUACGCUUUUUUGGAGACAUCAGGGAUAAAAAUUGGCAGUAGGGUUAGUAAAAUUGAAAGGACAGAGUCAAAACUCUCCAAUUAAUUUUCCCUUACAAUAGUAAUUUACUAAUAAUGUUGUCAAACAGUGAGAUGAUAAGAAUGAAGGAAAAGUUAUGGCCACUGAAAGAUAUCUAGCAGCCUUCUGUAACUUGCAGCAUUUUCAGGGUACUUCUCUUACUCUUGGAUACAAUUUAUUUGUCCUUCCUUGACAGAAAACAGAUUUGUCUAAUCUUUAUUUUUAACCACACCCUCAAUAAAAUGAAAGCUCAUUUUAAAAGCUCUUUAUUACUUUUUAGAAUUUAUUGCUGCACAUAUUAGAAAUACUGCAGAACCUAGCUCCUGUUUUGAUUUUUCUGCCUAUUUUGUAUGUGGGUUCAUGUGAAUGGCACAUUCCAUUUUUUAGACCCUGUCACUUCCAAUAAAAAUUUACUCUUCAGUGACAAGUUGUUUCCAGGUAGUGCCAUGUCUAGAAUCCAUCAUUCAAGGGGUUAAUUUUUGUAAGAAGGAUUUCUCACAAAAAAAAAAACAACAACAACAACAACACACAUACCCCUCUACGUAAAAGUGUUACUGAAAAUAAAUGAAGAAUACAUGAAUAUUACAGGCUUAGUUAGUUGACUCACCAAUGGGUGGACUUGAACCAGACUGCUCUUAAGCUAACUAACUGCGAGUUAGCAAUCCCCAACUCCAAUGAAAUGGCAAUUUAUCUAAGCUGUUAUUUUAAGAAAUGUUCUGUUAACCCUAUAACUCCCAUGAGUGACCAAGACAGAAUUUCUCCCUACAAUAUCAAUACAACAUCAAAUAGAAAAGUGAUAAGAAUAAAGAAAAAUAUUAAUUAAGGAUUUAUUAGUUGAUCCAAUGUUAAAUUCUCCAUACUAAUGUCACAAGAACUUUAUGGCAGACAGUAAGGAGAAUUACUAAUGAGAUCUUGAGAGUUAAAGGGUUAAGACCAACCUUAAACUUAUUUAAAAAGUAGUAUUUUGUGUAACUACACAACUAUGUAUCCUAUCUCACAGACCAAUGCCACUUGUAUUGCACCCAUACCUCUGUCACUGCAUGACUUUUGAACAACCCUAUCUGGGUUCCCUCUCUAUGGGGUAGGAAGGGGGUGUGUUGUACUUUUAUUAAUGCAAUAUCACAAGAAAAUUUUGUUUUUUUUUUAGGCCUCUUUUGAAACCCCUUGGUUUGCUGCAGGUGAAGGGUGUAACAUGACUUUUUACUAUCAUAUGAAUGAUCGUUCUAACAAGACAGAAAUGGGGAGCCUAGCUGUGGAGGUUAAAACAGUAGAUCAGACUUGGUUCAUGGUGUUUAGGAAGGCAGGAGAUCAAGGCAACAUUUGGCAUCAAGGAACCAUAGAUCUUUCAGUAAGGCACCUCUCUCUCCAUCAUCAUAUUUUUUUUUUUUAACAAUUUGCUAAAUUGUUUCUAGAAAUUUUGAGCAAUACCAAUUCAAAAUGAUGUUCUUCAGUGGGUGAUAUCUCCACAAGGAAACAGCCAUGCCCAUUGAUUUUUAAAAUUGGAAAUUAUUUUUGACCCAUACAAGGUCUAAAAUUAUAGAAAAAAAAAACUGCUACCUAGGAACUUAUACCUGGAAAAGCACAUUAAAUUUUGAAAGAAUGGGAAGAAGUCUGAAGUUUUUCUUCAAGCUGCAGCAAUUGUUUAGUUUCUGUGCAAAAUCUUGCUGAAUUUAAGUUUGUUUACAAAUAUGUGUACAAACCCUGAAAAGUAAAUAGUAAUUUGGUGUCUUGAUUGACAAAAAAAAUUAUGCUGAACAUAUGGAUACAGGUAACUUGAGAGCUUUCUUUAUCCUGAACAUAAAUGAGAUAUGAAAAGUCAGGUCACUAAGAUCUGUGGCUGUUAGGUCAAUAUAACUUGUGCAUUCAUUUGCAAUCCCUUCUGGAAUAUCACAGUCUUUGAGUUUAAUACCAAGCACCAUCUUUCCCUCGAUAGCAUCCAAGAUUUCUUGACAGAACGGCUCUUGAAAAAGCUCUGGUGUGAAAACAACUAUCAUGCGAGAAGUUUUUCUUGACAUCUGCCUGUUUGUAGUGAUGUUAUAUCUGUUUGCCUCCAUCAUUCCAAUUAUCCAUCUUUUUACCCACAGUCUGUCCUUUUUACUGUGGUAUAUGUGAACUUGAGAAUCCUCUGGUACUACAGUAUGCAAAAAAAAUUGAUUUAUAUUUAAAGGCAUGCCAAUUUAAUAUCUUGCUUUGUGUGCUUUCUGCAAUCUUUUUUCAUACUUUAAAUAAUCAUGUAGUUGUCUAUGGUUUGCUAUGUUGCCAUGAUAUGGUGUAGCAGUGUUUGAUUUUGACAACUCUAAAUUGUUAUACAUGGUGUCACUCUCUGCAUAAAUCUCUUGAAUUGUGUAAACUCAAAAAAUAUUUUCAUUUCAUAAGUUUGGUCUUGCAACAGGCUAUUAGUUUAAAAUUAAACAUUAUGCAGCCUACAAGAUUUUUGCUGUGUGUCAUAAUACAAUCUUGGACAAAAUAGAACGGAGCAUAAAAUGAACUAACAUAUUUCUGGAUCAAUGGGUGGCUUAGAUGUCUUCAUCCUCAGUGGAUAUCUUGCACUGCUGCUGGGUGUCCAACGACGCAAAUCUGGCUGCCACUCAUUCAUGCCAUUCAGUGAGAAUACACCAUUGUCCAAUAACCACUGCCGAUGUGCAGUUCUAUACCUUACAGCUUGAUUAUCUCCUUGAGUUGAAAAUUCAUCAAAUUCUGGAAGAAAAAGCAUUUCCAAAUUUAAAUGAUAGUUCCUUUUGUCGUGCUGAUUAGGGAUAUGAAACAUACUUUGGGGCACACGAAUCACUUCUAAUUUAAAGAGAAAAUGUUUGACAGGUCAUUAAUAUGAUUAAUAAUCAACAUUUUACAGUGUAACACAUGAUUGAUAUCAUUACCUACACAUUCUUUAGGAUAUUCUCUUGAGGCAGGGCUUCUAUUGGCCAGUUUUCUCUGCUUGCGUCGUUUCUCACUGUACUGGCUGUCAUAGUUUGAUGUACUCGUGCAUGUAUUGCUGCACUCGGUUAAGUUUUCUUUGGCUGAGACAUCCUUACUCGUGUAUUUUUGUGGGCUUUCAGAGGACAUGAUAAAGCUGGCAGAGAAAGAAUGAUUAAAUUAAUUAUAUUUUCAUUCCCUUUUUUUGUAAAUAAUAAUACUAUUGUCUUAAUUCACACAUUUUUUGAUACUGAUAGUUCAAAGAAUUUUUAUGAUGUGUUGGCUUUUAUUUAGUGGACAUGAUAAAGCUGGCAAAGAAAGAAUGAUUAAAUUAAAUAAUGUUUAGUUAUUAUUUCUAGAUCUCAGAGUAUUAUCUGAAAAUUGUUUGAAGAUUUGUUUAACCCUCUUUAACACAUUUCCCAGUGAAAUAAUGUUUAGUUAUUAUUUCUAGAUCUCAGAGUAUUAUCUGAAAAUUGUUUGAAGAUUUGUAAAACUUUUGACACAUUUCCCCACAUUUUUACUCACUAUAUGGAUAAAUUUUCACUUUAGCUUUGUUAUCUACUGCUAAUGCAUAAAAAUAUCUUAAAACUUGUCUGAGAUAGGUAUUAAAAAUAUUUCUUCAAAAUAUUUUGUAAAUUAUUUUACUUACCUUGAACUUCAGGGGAACUUGAUAAACUGUUGUGAGAUUUUAUCUCCAUGGAAAUUCAUUGUAUUUUUAGUAUAUAAUUAUUCAAAAUUCCAAUUCCAACAAUUCCAUAUUAUCUUAUUGGUUGAACAUAUUUUGGACUUCUUAAUUAUUUCCCUUUGUUGUUUUGAUCUGAAAAUAUUUUCUCACAACUUUUCUGUGAUUACUGAUAAUUUUGCUGUUGAGAGAAUUUUAAAAUAUAGUAGUUUUGCAUUCAUAGUGAAAAGCAGGUGACAAGAUUGUUUUAUGUUCUUGUCAUAAAAUAUUCAUUAUGUUAAAGCUUUACAUCUGUGCUCAGGGUUUGAAUAAUGAAUUUUUGUGUAAACUAGUAUGUAACCUGAACUUGGGUCAACUUUAAAAUGUAUCUUUACCUUUAGCACAAUAUUUCACAUACAUGACUUUUUUUGUGUUUAAUUAAUUUAUAUCUUUUUUUUUUUUUCAUUCUUGCCACAGUCAUGUGAAAUUAGAGAAGAGUUAAGAUUAGAUCCCUAACUACAGAUGGUUAUGUUCACCCAGGAUGUUCAUUAUUUUAAAUACAAGAAUACAUAAAAUCUUUAAGACUUACAUCAGACAUUUUAGAACUUUCUUCUUGUUUAAACAAAUAUUUGGCAUAUUUAAUAUGAAAAUUACAAUUUUUUUUUAAAUGUCAUAUCUAAUUUUUUUGAAAAAGUUUUAGUUUUAUGUUUUGAAUUGGGUUGGGCAAAAAUAUAAUUUUGUCAAAUUCCUUUUUUCCCUAACAGUUAUGUUAUGAAAAAACCCUGACCAAGUGAAAAUCUAAUCAUCCUAUUAUUGUUGUUGGAACUUUUCUCUUAAUGCUGUGUUUUUGUCUUAAUCAGGCUUACAAAGGACUUGUGGCUGUGCGAUUUACUGCAGCCAAAGGAAAAUCUUACAGGAGUGAUAUUGCCUUAGAUGAUAUUGUGUUUAGGUAACCCAAUUAUCCAUGGACUAUAAAAUUAAUUGAAUUGUCAUUUAACUCCAUCCCUGUGAUUCUCAAUGCAAUACUAAUGUACAAUUGUUAUAUUCAUCCCUUUUCUUUUUCUUGUUUUAGUGCAAAAUGUGGCUCUGCAAAGGCCUGUAUUAAUAAUUCAGAUACAAAUCCCAUCUUUGGUUCAAAAAAGGGAAGGUCAGGUAUGAGCAUGUAAAACUUAUUACUGUACUUGGUGUGCGAAAAAUUUUUUUCUUUUCCUUUUUUUUUUAAUUUUGUGAAGAUGAGGUUGGGAUUAUGGUUGGCUUCCCACAAUCAGCUAGUUGCAAGUUCCACUGUCCUACAAUUUACAAUCUCACCUCAUAAUACUUAAAUAUCUUACUUUUAUAGGAGUACAAUUGUCAGUGGGCAACACUGGCAUGCUGGGUAACAUAUCCUUUGCAUACAACACCUGGACACAUGUGGCUUUUCAGUACAACAACCAAACUAAACAGCAGGUGAGGGUUUUUUUUUUUUUUCAGUCUGGUGAUGAAGCAGCAAUACAUGCAAUUAUCCUCUUUGGUUACUGAUUGUUUGCCAAGUGGUCAGAGAUAACCCAUCCUUAUUAAAGCAUCAAAUUAAAGCAACCCAACAAAAAAUUAAGAAAAAAAAAGCCUUACAAGUCUAAGCCAAGUAAAACUGUUGGUGCCUUUUGUUUGAGAAACUGGAAUAAGAAAAAAACUGAAUUUCAAAAAAAUUAAGUUAGUGAGAACACAUAACAAUAGAACCGUUAAUAGCCAAGAAUUAUCAUUUUUUGGAAACUUUUGUUUGUGAAUUAACAGGAAACUGUGAAUUUUAUUUCCCUGUGCUUGGAAUGGAAGGUUCAGUAUUGCAAUAUUAAAUAUUACAAUAUAUAACAUUACAACAAUUUAAUAUUGUCCUGAUUUACUCUGAUUUUUUUCUUCAGACUCUUUAUGUGAAUGGCAGAGUGGCUCAACAAGAAAGCAAUGUGUCAUCCCUUUUGGUGUCAACAAACCUCCUCUUGGGACAGAAUGGCCUCAAUCAUACAACAGGGCAGAUGGAUGAGGUAGCGAAAUGGCCAUAGUUUUUUAGAACAUCUUUCUCUGUUUCCAAACAAACUGAAGUGCUCGGUUGAAAGCUGUGCAAAGUGGAAAAACUGCUUCUUUUUAUCUUAAAGGCCAAUUGCCUAUGACCUUCAAAUUAUUGGACAAACAUUUCAAAAUUUAACUUUUAUUGCAACUUAGGGACCAAAACUAAACUGAGAUUUCCACAAAAUAGGUUUGGGUCAUCCAUCAUGGUGAAAUGUAGUGAGUGCAAAGUAUAUAAAUUUGCUUUUUUCACAUACACAAAUUCUCUCAUUUUGAAGGUCCAGAUUUGGAACACUGCUGUCAAUGUAUCAACUAUUUAUGACAAGUACUUGAGAGGCACUGAAGAAGGACUGGUUAGAUAUUUCAAGUCAGUUGAAAAUAUUUUGAUUUUGAUAGAUUACUUUUAAUCAACUUAAAUAUCAUAGUAGAAAACCUUAGCUUUUUAAUAGAUUAAGUUCAACUUCUCUUAGUUACAUAAUUAAAACACUGAAGUAGAUUUCACACAAUUAAAUUUUGUUAGGCCUACUCAAAAUGAAAUGUUGUUAUUGGUUUUUUGUGUUUCAUCUUUUUAACAAACUUCUCUAUAUUACUCUUUCAUCCAGGUGUAACGAAGGGGAAGGGAAACUAUUAAAAGACAGUUCUUCAUCAAAGAGGCAUGUUAUUCUUCAGGAAACAAACUGGCUUUCCUCAUCUUUGGAGCUUAACAAGAACUAGAUGCAGCCACCCUGAGACAUGUUUGACAUAGGACAAUUUCAUAAGUUACAAGAACCUAAGGCAGAACUAGAGUUCAGGAUUGUACCUUUUUUCAGAAACAAAUUGCAAUGACUUUUCAGGAAUUUUCCAUGACUCAGAUUGAUUUUUCCAAGGCUCCAAAUUUCACCUCACAUCCAAGAUUUCAAAAUCAAUUCUCCUUGUUCUUAUGACAUUAAUUCUUAAAACUUUUAGAAUUAACUUUUUAAGAAGAUUCUAGGACUGUCCAGGACCUAUACUCUUUUUCCAGGACCUUUCAGUCCUGGAAAUUGUCAAAAUAAAAUUCUAGGACUUUUCAGGUUUUCAAGGACCAGUAUGAACCCUGGGAGUUGUUUAAUAUAAGCUAGAAUCACUCCUAAACUGGUUUCCUCAAUGUUAGAGCGUAAUAAGGACUUUUAAACUAUGCACCCACUAUGAGAUAUUUUUGACAUAUGACAAUUCCAUAACUUACAAGGACCCUAGGCGGUACUCAACUAGCUUGAAAUUAUUAAAAAUCCCAUGAUUCAAGAUAAAUUGCAUAGUAGCCCCAAGUUUCACCCAUUGUGAACACUUCUGUAAAAAAUAAUGCAACAUAGAUACAUACAUUUAAGAAGCGAGUCUGAGUGAAAGAAGUCACGACAAAAGUACACAAUAUUAAAUAAAGUAGACUUAAUAGGAUUCUCUGCCCACAGUAGGGGCCACUAUUUGUAACUUGACCUAGCCUAUGAGCACUUUGGCUCAUUAUUAGCAUCUAGGGAUAGGCUUUUCUUUGCCUGCAGGAAAUAAGUUGACUUUGCGCAUCAUGAGCUAAUGAGAUGUCUGUAAGGGGGCUAGCACUUUAACUAGUGCUAAGUGUCUCCCCCAGUCAUCUCAAACCUUCCUGCAGGCCAGAGGGACAUGUCCUGCAGCACUUAUAAAGAUGAGAGCCUGCUUGCAUGCUGAAGUAAAGUUUGUCUGAACCACUUGUAUUGUAUUCAUAAUGGAUAUCAUUCAUACGCAUUGGCCUUAGUGAAGAGCAGCUUUGGUGCUGUAGACUAUACACACAACAAGCACCAAUACCAUACAUACAAAAUAUCAUGAAACUGGUACCAAAGAUUGAAAUAAAU